UUAACAAAUAUGGCGGCUGUUGUGUGCUUUGGGAGAUAUUUUAAAAUCCAAAAUGCCGGAUUGCUGUUCGGUUUAUCUAUGUACCAACCGCUCGAACAAGAACAGGGAUAAACGCUUCUUCAGAAUACCUAAAGAAAUCUCGCACAGAGGAGACAAAACAAGAGAUAUUUCAAAAAGACGUCGAGCUAAAUGGCUUGCCAACCUGUCGUUGGUGACGAAAGGAGUUGAGUCUCGACAUGCUCGUGUAUGCAGCGACCAUUUUGUUAAAGGUUAUCCAAGUGAACUAUUUGAUGAAGAAGAUAUUGAUUGGGCACCAACAAUUAACCUUGGGCAUCAAAAAGUGAAACCGACUUCAGAAUGUGCUUUGAAAAGGCGGAAAAGAGCAGUUGAACGAGAAGAGAAGCGACAACAAAAUCAGGCAGCCCUUGCUCUCCUGUCUCUCCAGAAUCCUCCACUUCCAAAGGAUGUUAAUGACUUAUCAAAUAAAUCAUUGGAAAAUGUCACAGAUCGUGAUGGCCCAACUGUUGUACGCACGAAAGAAUGCCAAACAUAUGUUACUGCUGAGUCGUUGGAAGAAAGAGAUAAAGAAUUGGCUGAGAAAAAGCUUGAGCUACUUGACUUACAGGCUAAGGUCUCACUUACUGGACUUUCGAAGGAGGAAUUUGCAAAGAGUGAAGCAAAGACCAGAUUUUAUACAGGUCUACCUAACUUUUUGGUACUGUUACAGGUGUUUAACCUUUGUGAAGCUUGGAUAUCUCACACUGACAGGUCAGCACUAACUAAAUUUGAACAACUUAUCUUGACUCUUAUGAGACUAAAACUUAAUCUUUCACUCCAAGACUUGGCAUACAGAUUUGGAAUAUCCACUGCGACAGCAUCUAGAGUUUUCAAGAAAUUGAUAUCUAUUUUGCACUUGAGACUUCAGUUUCUGAUUGAAUGGCCUGAGAGAGAAAUACUUAGGGCUACAAUGCCCAUGGAUUUCAGAAACACUUUUGGAAACCAAAUAGCUGUAAUAAUAGAUUGCUUCGAAGUAUUUGUAGAGAGACCAUCUAACUUAUUAGCCCGUGCUCAAAGUUGGUCAAACUAUAAGCACCACAAUACUGUCAAAUUUCUUAUCGGUAUUGCACCUCAAGGAUAUAUUACCUUCAUAUCAGAUGCUUGGGGAGGAAGAGUUAGUGACAAACAUCUAACAGAGAAAAGCAAAAUUCUUCAAAAUCUUCUCCCAGGUGAUGUUGUACUAGCAGAUCGUGGAUUCAACAUUGAAGAGAAUGUUGGGCUCUACUGUGCCUCUCUUAAAAUACCAGCCUUCACAAAAGGAAAGUCACAACUAACACCUUUUGAAGUGGAAGAAACCCGAAAGAUAGCUCAUGUCCGCAUACAUGUGGAAAGAGUUAUUGGGUUAGUAAGGCGCAAGUUUCAAGUCCUUCAAAGUAGAGCAAUGCCCACCGAAUUUUUGCACACACAGCCUGGAGAACAACAUUCAUUGAUUGACAAGAUUGGAGUUGUAUGUUGUGCUCUGACAAACCUAUGUCAAUCUGUGGUUCCAUUGGAGUAAGAAUUAUUAAUGAAAAUCUACCUUAUGUAAAUAAUUAUAUUAAAAAUAUUUAGCAGUGUUGAUAUAACUUAAAUAUUCAAGAGUUAUACUGUAAGUUAAAUUUAAUUAUUUAAGAAUAUUAAACAUACAUUUGUAUUUAUAAAUUUGUGUACAAAAUGAUUACAAAUCUUAAGUUAUUGUGAUAUUUACUCCUCAGAAUUUUUUAGCUCAAGGGCAGAAAAUGGUUUAGAGAAAAAUCUC